AUUUUUAACAACAACAGCAUGUCCUUUAAUCUCGGAAACAAUGAUAGGAGCCCCGCUUUCGGAGGUUCUAUCUCGUCCAACAAAUCCAACAACAAUCGCGGUGGAGACAUGGUUCUGACACCAGAUCAUCCAGCUUGGUCCAGGGUUGGUGAGCAACAACGACAGCAACAGCAACAGCAGCCAAUACAGGAUCCUAGUGCGCCUUACACAGGCGGACGGGCGACUGCAGGUGCCAAUAACUUGGGUCCCUUCAGAGCAGGGCCCGAUUCCGAUUCUUACUUGCCCCCAGAUGCUGCUCCACAAGGUGCAAGAUUCGACCCUAUCAUGCCGGAUAAUGUUCAAGGACUACCUCAUCGCGGCCAUAGCAGUCAACAAAGAGAGAGUUCUUCUGGACUUGGUCAAGCAAGUGGAGAGCCUGAUUUUGAUGACCUAUUGCCUCCUCAAUAGGCAAAACAAAGGAAUAAAAGAAAAGAAUAAAAAGUCCUG